AGAGGUCGGGAGAUUCAAUUUAUCCCGGUGUUUUGAGGUUAGACCACCACCCUAUCACAAAAAAUCACGUUUUUCAGAAAUUUUUAAAGUUCUUUUGAGUUUUUCUUGAAACAAGACGUCACAAUGCAACCUCAAAUAAUUUUAUUGAAAGAAGGGACAGAGAACUCUCAGGGCAAACCGCAGCUGAUCUCUAACAUCAAUGCUUGCCAAGCAGUCAUUGAGGCUGUCCGCACAACACUGGGUCCUCGUGGGAUGGAUAAAUUAAUUGUGGAUGGUAACAACAAAGCAACUGUAUCCAACGAUGGAGCCACAAUCCUGAAACUACUAGAUGUCGUCCACCCAGCUGCCAAAACUAUUGUCGACAUCGCAAAAUCUCAAGAUGCCGAGGUUGGAGAUGGAACUACCACAGUUGUAUUAUUAGCCGGUGAAUUUCUAAAAGCCGUCAAACCUUUCAUUGAAGACGGGAUGCACCCACACGUCAUCAUCAAAGCGUACAGAAAAGCGCUAAAGGAAGCUUUAGACUUACUUGAUCAGUUGAAUGUCAAGAUCAAAGGUGAUGAGUCAAAUACGGCACAUCACAGGACGUUGCUUGAAAAUUGUGCUGCCACAGCCAUGAGCUCCAAACUGAUCCAUCACCAAAAAGAAUUCUUCUCCAAAAUGGUCGUUGAUGCAGUGCUUCAUUUAGAUGAACUGCUUCCCAUUAAUAUGAUUGGAAUCAAGAAGGUUCAAGGAGGCGCUUUAGAGGACUCUUUCCUGGUUUCGGGUGUUGCUUUCAAGAAAACCUUUUCCUAUGCCGGUUUUGAAAUGCAGCCGAAAGUCUACAAAAACUGCAAAAUUGCCCUCCUAAAUAUUGAAUUGGAAUUGAAAGCUGAAAGAGACAAUGCUGAAGUACGCGUUGAUAGUGUAGAAGAAUACCAAAAAAUUGUAGACGCAGAAUGGCAAAUCCUGUAUGAAAAAUUAGCCAAAAUCCAUGAAAGUGGAGCUCAAGUUGUUUUAUCAAAACUGCCAAUUGGAGAUGUAGCUACUCAGUACUUUGCCGACAGGGACAUGUUCUGUGCCGGUAGAGUUCCAGAGCAGGAUUUGACGCGAACAAUGAAGGCCUGCGGUGGAUCCAUCAUGACCACAGCCCAUGACCUGAACGAUUCAGUCCUUGGCCGCUGCGAACGUUUCGAGGAACGUCAAAUUGGAGGUGAAAGGUUCAACCUGUUCACAGGCUGCCCCAACGCGAAAACCUGUACGCUCAUCCUGAGGGGUGGAGCAGAGCAGUUCUUGGAAGAAACCGAAAGAUCUCUCCAUGAUGCUAUCAUGAUAGUCAGAAGGACUUUGAAAAGCGAUGCUGUAGUUGCAGGUGGUGGUGCAGUUGAAAUGGAACUAAGCAAACACCUACGCGCUUUUUCACGGACCAUUGCAGGAAAGGAACAGCUAAUAAUUGGAGCCAUGGCUAAAGCUCUGGAGGCCAUCCCCCGCCAAUUAUGUGAUAACGCAGGAUUUGAUGCAACCAAUAUUUUGAACAGGCUCAGGAUGGAGCAUGCAGAUGGUAACAAAUGGUAUGGAGUUGAUGUUAUGAAUGAAGAUGUCAGUGACAAUUUCCAAGCUUGCAUCUGGGAGCCAGCAAUCAUCAAGAAAAACGCCAUGAUCGCUGCAGUCGAAGCCGCCUGUUUAAUCUUAUCCGUUGAUGAGACAAUAAAAAGUCCCAAGUCACAAGGAGGAGGCCCACCAGGUGGUCCGAUGGGCCGAGGUCGGGGCAGACCCAUGUAAACAAUCCCGGUUCACUUUUCCUUCAUAUAUUUUUUACACACCAAGUUUCACAAAUAACGAUUGUGUGCAUUUUUCACCUCUUAAUCGUACUUUUUAAGCUGUUCAGUGCUAUAAUCACUGAAGUAUUCACAGCUUCUGCUGUUCUUCUGCAAGUGCCGGGUCAGUUGUGUCAGAGAUCAUGCAUGAAGUUGAGCAGUUUUGAAUGAGUUACGUUAAUUUUUUCUGCUUUGUUUUUUUACAUCAUGGCAAACUAACUUUAAGAUAGAGCUUUAUCCAAUAAAUAACUUUUUUAUAAUUA